GUGCCAUGGUUCAGAACAGAUUGAGAGUGUUGGGAAAGAAGAGCUGAAGAUCUAGCAUCCGUCAAGAUACAGGCUCACUGGAAAAAAAUUAACCUGCCUCUGAGGUGACUAAAGGGGAAUAAUGGUGAUUUUGCGCCGGGCUCGGCCGCCUGCUUCCGCCCCAACCAGCAAUGAAUCUUGACUCGCUCUCGCUGGCCUUGUCUCAAAUCAGCUAUCUAGUGGACAAUUUAACCAAGAAAAACUACCGAGCCAGCCAGCAGGAAAUACAGCACAUUGUGAAUCGGCACGGCCCCGAGGCAGACAGGCAUUUACUACGCUGUCUAUUCUCACAUGUGGAUUUUAGUGGCGAUGGUAAAAGCAGCGGCAAAGAUUUCCAUCAGACUCAAUUUCUGAUCCAGGAGUGUGCAUCAUUGAUUACGAAGCCAAAUUUUAUUUCAACGUUGUCCUAUGCUAUUGAAAAUCCAUUGCACUAUCAGAAGAGUCUUAAGCCGUCACCCCACCUUUUUACUCAACUGAGCAAAGUUAUCAAAUUAAGCAAAGUUCAAGAGGUUAUUUUUGGCCUUGCUUUGUUGAACUCUUUCAACCCAGACCUAAGAGGUUUUGCGGCUCAGUUUAUUAAACAGAAACUUCCCGAUCUUCUGCGUUCAUAUAUUGACGCAGACGUCAGUGGAAAUCAAGAAGGUGGCUUCCAAGACAUUGCCAUAGAGGUGCUGCACCUUCUCCUCUCCCACCUUCUUUUUGGGCAGAAAGGAGCCUUCGGGGUUGGACAGGAACAAAUUGACGCUUUUCUCAAAACAUUACGUAGAGAUUUUCCCCAGGAACGUUGCCCCGUGGUGCUUGCACCACUCCUAUACCCUGAAAAACGGGACAUUCUAAUGGACAGGAUCCUGCCUGAUUCUGGAGGGAUAGCAAAAACAAUGAUGGAGAGUUCUCUGGCAGACUUCAUGCAGGAAGUUGGCUAUGGCUUUUGUACAAGUGUGGAAGAAUGUCGCAGUAUCAUCACACAGUUUGGGGUUGGAGAGGUCACAGCUGCACAGGUUGCCAGGGUUUUGGGAAUGAUGGCUCGUACACACUCAGGAUUGGCUGAUGGAAUUCCUUUACAGUCCAUCUCUGCUCCCGGAAGUGGAAUUUGGAGUGAUGGAAGAGAUAAAAAUGAUGGAACGCAAACCCAUACAUGGAAUGUGGAAGUUUUAAUUGAUGUGCUUAAGGAACUGAACCCAACUUUGAACUUCAAGGAAGUUACGUAUGAACUAGACCAUCCUGGAUUUCAAAUUCGUGAUAGCAAGGGCUUGCAGAUCGUGGUGUAUGGUGUCCAGAGAGGGUUGGGAUUGGAAGUAUUUCCUGUUGACCUCAUAUAUAGACCUUGGAAACAUGCAGAAGGCCAGCUCUCAUUUAUCCAGUACUCCCUCAUCAACCCUGAGGUCUUCUGUUUUGCUGACUACCCCUGUCAUAGUGUUGCCACAGAUAUUUUGAAAGCACCCCCUGAGGAUGACAAUCGAGAAAUUGCCACAUGGAAGAGCCUGGACUUGAUUGAGUCGCUAUUGCGGCUGGCGGAGGUGGGGCAGUAUGAGCAGGUGAAGCAGCUCUUCAGCUUCCCGAUCAAGCACUGUCCAGAUAUGCUGGUAUUGGCUUUACUACAGAUCAACACCUCCUGGCACACUUUGCGACAUGAACUCAUCUCCACACUUAUGCCCAUUUUCCUUGGCAACCACCCCAACUCUGCCAUCAUCCUGCAUUAUGCAUGGCAUGGGCAGGGUCAGUCUCCUUCAAUUCGCCAGCUUAUCAUGCAUGCUAUGGCAGAAUGGUACAUGAGAGGGGAGCAGUAUGACCAAGCAAAGUUAUCACGUAUUCUAGACGUGGCCCAAGACUUGAAGGCGUUGUCCAUGCUGCUAAAUGGUACUCCAUUUGCCUUUGUUAUUGACCUUGCUGCACUUGCCUCUCGACGGGAAUACCUCAAACUAGACAAGUGGCUCACAGAUAAAAUUCGGGAGCAUGGGGAGCCUUUCAUCCAAGCCUGCAUGACUUUCUUAAAGAGAAGAUGCCCCUCCAUCUUGGGGGGCCUUGCCCCGGAGAAAGACCAGCCCAAAAGUGCUCAGCUCCCGCCAGAGACGCUGGCCACCAUGCUGGCUUGCCUUCAGGCUUGUGCAGGAAGCGUGUCUCAGGAGCUGUCGGAGACUAUUCUCACCAUGGUCGCCAACUGCAGCAACGUCAUGAACAAAGCUAGGCAGCCGCCACCUGGAGUGAUGCCCAAGGGACGUCCGCCCAGUGCUAGCAGCCUAGAUGCCAUCUCUCCUGUACAGAUUGAUCCCCUUGCUGCUGGGAUGGCAUCUCUGAGUUUAGGUGGCUCAGCGGUCCCACACACGCAGAGCGUUCCAGGUUUUCCUCCGAACUUGAGUUCAGCCUUUAGUACUCCUCAGUCUCCAGCAAAGGCCUUUCCGCCACUUUCCACUCAAAACCAGAACACACCUUUCAGUGGGAUUGGCGGCCUGUCCUCGCAGCUUCCAGUAGGUGGUCUUACGACAGGCAGCCUGGGGAUUGGGACAGGGGCCCUCGGCCUUCCCGCUGUGAAUAAUGACCCGUUUGUUGUGCCAAGAAAACUGAGUACAUCAGGACUGAACCAGCCUUCAUUCCAGCAGAGUAAGAUGAAACCUUCUGACUUAUCUCAGGUAUGGCCCGAGGCAAAUCAGCACUUUAGCAAAGAGAUUGAUGAUGAAGCCAAUAGCUAUUUUCAGCGUAUUUAUAAUCACCCACCACAUCCGACUAUGUCUGUAGAUGAGGUCUUAGAAAUGCUGCAGAGGUUUAAGGACUCCAACGUUAAACGGGAACGCGAAGUGUUUAACUGUAUGCUGAGGAACUUGUUUGAGGAGUACCGUUUUUUCCCCCAGUACCCCGAUAAAGAGCUGCACAUAACCGCCUGCCUCUUUGGUGGGAUCAUAGAGAAAGGACUGGUGACUUACAUGGCCCUGGGCCUGGCCUUGCGCUAUGUUCUUGAAGCCUUACGAAAGCCUUUUACGUCCAAAAUGUACUAUUUCGGCAUUGCUGCACUAGAUAGGUUUAAAAAUAGAUUGAAGGACUAUCCCCAGUAUUGUCAGCACUUGGCUUCUAUUAGUCACUUUAUACAGUUCCCGCAUCACCUGCAGGAGUAUAUUGAAUAUGGGCAGCAGUCCCGAGACCCUCCCGUGAAGAUGCAGGGCUCCAUCACCACCCCUGGAAGUAUUGCACUGGCCCAGGCUCAGGCCCAGGCCCACGUUCCGGCAAAAACUCCUCUUGCCGGCCAAGUUAGCACUAUCGUCACCACCACCGCCACCACCACCACCACCGUGGCCAAGACGACCAUCACCCCCGUGGGUCGGGUCAGCUUCAAGAAGGAUGUGCCACCUUCUAUUAAUACAACCAACAUUGAUACCCUACUAGUAGCCACAGAUCAAACCGAGAGAAUUGUUGAACCCCCUGAAAAUGUGCAGGAAAAGAUUGCUUUCAUCUUCAACAACCUGUCUCAGUCGAACAUGACUCAGAAGGUGGAGGAGCUGAAGGAAACGGUGAAAGAAGAAUUCAUGCCUUGGGUCUCGCAGUACCUUGUAAUGAAGAGGGUUAGCAUCGAGCCAAACUUCCACAGCCUUUAUUCGAAUUUCCUUGACACGCUGAAGAACCCCGAGUUCAACAAAAUGGUUCUGAAUGAAACCUACCGAAAUAUCAAGGUGCUACUCACUUCAGACAAAGCUGCUGCCAACUUCUCCGACCGUUCCCUGCUAAAGAACCUGGGCCACUGGCUGGGGAUGAUCACGUUGGCUAAAAAUAAACCCAUCUUGCACACGGACUUGGAUGUGAAAUCCUUGCUGCUGGAAGCUUAUGUCAAAGGUCAGCAGGAGCUCCUCUACGUUGUGCCAUUUGUUGCCAAAGUCUUGGAAUCCAGUGUAAGAAGCGUGGUUUUCAGGCCUCCCAACCCGUGGACCAUGGCAAUUAUGAAUGUACUAGCAGAGCUGCACCAGGAACAUGACUUAAAACUGAAUCUGAAGUUUGAAAUAGAAGUUCUCUGCAAGAAUCUUGCGCUUGACAUCAAUGAACUCAAACCCGGGAACCUUCUGAAAGACAAGGAUCGGUUGAAAAAUCUGGAUGAACAGUUAUCUGCUCCAAAGAAAGACGUGAAACAGCCGGAAGAGUUGCCCCCCAUUGCAACCACCACUGCUUCUACAACCCCAGCAACCAGCACUACCUGCACAACUACAGUUCCUCCACAGCCGCAAUACAGCUACCACGACAUUAAUGUUUACUCUCUGGGAGGCCUAGCGCCACACAUCACUCUAAAUCCAACAAUACCCCUUUUCCAGGCCCACCCCCAGUUAAAGCAGUGCGUCCGGCAAGCCAUUGAACGUGCGGUCCAAGAACUCGUUCAUCCGGUGGUGGAUCGGUCCAUUAAGAUCGCCAUGACUACUUGUGAGCAGAUCGUGAGAAAGGAUUUUGCACUAGACUCGGAGGAGUCGCGCAUGCGUAUAGCAGCCCACCACAUGAUGCGAAACCUGACAGCCGGGAUGGCCAUGAUCACCUGCAGGGAGCCUUUGUUGAUGAGCAUCGCGACCAACUUGAAGAACAGCUUUGCCACUGCUUUGCGGGCAGCUUCGCCACAGCAGAGGGAGAUGAUGGAGCAAGCCGCUGCCCAGCUGGCUCAGGAUAACUGUGAACUGGCCUGUUGUUUCAUUCAGAAAACAGCGGUGGAAAAAGCAGGUCCUGAAAUGGAUAAGAGGCUAGCCACUGAAUUUGAGCUCAGGAAACACGCAAGGCAGGAGGGUCGUCGGUACUGUGAUCCAGUGGUAUUGACCUACCAAGCUGAACGGAUGCCAGAACAGAUCAGAUUGAAGGUUGGCGGUGUGGACGUAAAGCAGCUAGCUGUAUAUGAGGAAUUUGCUCGAAAUGUCCCUGGUUUCUUACCGACCAAUGAUUCCACCCAACCCACAGGAAUCCUGGCUCAACCAAUGAAGCAAGCCUGGGCGACUGACGACGUCGCCCAGAUCUACGAUAAGUGUAUGACGGAACUCGAGCAGCACCUGCAAUCCAUUCCUCACACCCUGACCAUGAAUCCGCAGACUCAAGCCUUACGAAGCCUCUUGGAAGCCGUGGUGGUAGCUCGUAACUCCCGUGACGCCAUCGCCGCCCUGGGGCUGCUGCAGAAGGCCGUUGAAGGCUUGUUAGAUGCCACCAGCGGGGCAGACGCCGACCUCCUCCUCCGUUACCGGGAGUGCCACCUGCUUGUGCUGAAAGCAUUGCAGGAUGGCCGUGCCUACGGGUCUCCGUGGUGUAACAAGCAGAUUACAAGAUGUCUGAUUGAGUGCCGCGAUGAGUAUAAGUACAACGUCGAAGCAGUGGAGUUACUGAUCCGGAACCAUCUCGUGAACAUGCAGCAGUACGACCUCCACUUGGCUCAGUCCAUGGAGAAUGGCUUAAACUACAUGGCAGUGGCGUUCGCCAUGCAGCUGGUGAAGAUCCUGUUGGUGGAUGAGCGGAGUGUUGCUCACAUCACAGAAGCUGAUCUCUUCCACACCAUUGAGACCCUGAUGAGGAUUAACGCUCACUCGAGAGGGAACGCGCCUGAAGGGUUGCCCCAGCUGAUGGAAGUGGUCCGGUCUAACUAUGAAGCCAUGAUUGAUCGUGCUCACGGAGGGCCAAACUUCAUGAUGCACUCUGGGAUUUCUCAAGCCUCCGAGUACGACGACCCUCCUGGCCUGAGGGAGAAGGCAGAAUAUCUGCUGAGGGAGUGGGUGAACCUCUACCACUCAGCCGCAGCCGGGCGUGACAGCACCAAAGCCUUCUCGGCCUUUGUUGGACAGGUAGAGCUUAGGGAGAGAGAGAUGCAUCAGCAAGGAAUCCUGAAAACCGAUGACUUGAUCACAAGGUUCUUUCGCCUUUGCACUGAAAUGUGCGUGGAGAUCAGCUAUCGGGCACAAGCUGAGCAGCAGCAUAACCCGGCGGCAAACCCCACCAUGAUCCGUGCCAAGUGCUACCACAAUCUGGAUGCCUUUGUGCGCCUCAUCGCGCUGCUGGUGAAGCACUCGGGGGAGGCGACCAACACCGUCACAAAGAUCAACCUGCUCAACAAGGUUCUUGGGAUUGUGGUGGGAGUCCUUCUCCAGGACCAUGAUGUUCGCCAAAGUGAAUUUCAGCAGCUCCCCUACCACCGCAUCUUCAUCAUGUUGCUGUUAGAAUUAAAUGCUCCUGAACACGUCCUGGAAACCAUAAAUUUCCAGACACUCACAGCCUUCUGCAACACCUUUCACAUCCUGAGACCUACGAAAGCUCCAGGUUUUGUUUAUGCUUGGCUAGAAUUGAUCUCGCAUCGGAUAUUUAUUGCAAGAAUGCUGGCCCAUACACCACAGCAGAAGGGCUGGCCCAUGUACGCACAGCUAUUGAUUGAUCUGUUUAAAUAUUUGGCUCCUUUCCUGAGAAACGUGGAACUCGCCAAGCCUAUGCAAAUUCUGUACAAGGGUACUCUGCGUGUGCUGCUGGUCCUGCUACAUGAUUUCCCGGAGUUCCUGUGUGACUACCACUACGGAUUCUGUGAUGUGAUUCCUCCAAACUGUAUCCAGCUAAGGAAUUUGAUCUUGAGUGCCUUUCCUCGCAAUAUGAGACUUCCGGAUCCCUUCACUCCCAACCUUAAGGUGGAUAUGUUGAGCGAGAUCAAUAUUGCUCCCCGGAUACUCACCAACUUCACCGGCGUGAUGCCCCCUCAGUUCAAGAAGGACUUGGAUUCCUAUCUCAAAACCCGCUCUCCCGUCACGUUUCUGUCCGACUUGCGCAGCAACUUGCAGGUGUCCAAUGAGCCCGGGAAUCGCUACAACAUCCAGCUGAUCAACGCACUGGUGCUGUACGUUGGCACUCAGGCCAUUGCCCACAUCCACAACAAGGGCAGCACCCCCUCCAUGAGCACCAUCACCCACUCGGCUCACAUGGAUAUCUUCCAGAAUCUGGCUGUGGAUUUGGACACAGAAGGCCGGUACCUCUUCUUGAACGCGAUUGCCAAUCAGCUGCGGUACCCAAACAGUCAUACCCACUAUUUUAGCUGCACCAUGCUCUACUUAUUUGCUGAGGCCAACACCGAAGCCAUUCAGGAGCAGAUCACCAGAGUUCUGUUAGAACGACUGAUUGUAAAUAGGCCUCACCCAUGGGGACUGCUAAUUACUUUCAUUGAGCUGAUUAAAAACCCAGCAUUUAAGUUCUGGAACCAUGAGUUUGUUCACUGUGCGCCAGAAAUUGAAAAGCUGUUCCAGUCUGUCGCACAGUGUUGUAUGGGGCAAAAGCAGGCACAGCAGGUAAUGGAAGGAACUGGUGCUAGUUAGAAGCAGCAACCCUGGUGGAAACACGGUGCCAGCCUGGAGGUCUCCAUCCCAUCAAGCUGACGGAGGAACGUGCGCACGUGUGGGUCUGUCCAGAGCUAGGGAGCCGCCUCCCUCUCCCUCCCUCCCUCACGCUGGGCUUGCAUUACAGUGGGCUUACUUGUGUGAGAAAUCUCCUCUUAGGUGGGCAUGUUCCAAAGUUUAAAGCAAAGUUCUGACUCUUGGCCAAAAUUCAGAAGAUGCUGUGAAUAUAAUUUUGAACUAUUGUAAAUAACACAGAACAGAAAUAUUUGUCUGGACUUUGGGUUUGUGCAAAUUGUGUUUCAAGAGAGGCACAUCACGAGUGCCUGGCCGGCUUGUAAUACAGGGGUGGCUGCUGAUGCCGAGCACUUGUCUGGGGCAAAUCCGCUCGCCUGACAUUCCCAGACUCCCAAAGAGCACGGAAAAGCCAGUUUAAAUAUUAUGUAACUUAUUUUUCUUGUGGGUGGGGGACCUAUAAAUCACAAAGUUGUCAGAGAGAUGAAAUGAAUGCAUUGGAACACAGGAUCCUAUGCAGUAUAAGAGGGUGGUGAGGAUGAGGGUCCAGGAUGUUGCUUUUCCCGGGAUGAAAUGAUGCCAGCAAGAGAUGUGGGAGGUGGAUCAGAGAACUCCAUGGCAAAAAAAGUACACCUGAAGCCCUGUGGGAGAGGGCCGGUGGUUUUACGGAGAGAAACAAGACCAGGCCUGUAGAUUUUCUUUCUUGACACUUGUAAAUUUCGGGACGGGGAGGGUGUGAAUCUAAUAACUGCUCCCCUGCGGCCACAACGUUUGAGUUUGUAAAAAGAACAAAAAGGACCAAUACAGCCCAUUUUGUAAGGAUUUUGAAUGUUUUGUAAAUGUAUUGGUCCAUGUGUUGUAUUUUGUAGCCUUUCUAGUUCUCUUGGGCUUUAGUUCUCCCACUUCUUGUAUGUAUGCAUUCUGUAGUUAAACAUUAAAGUCAUGACAAGCA